GUGAUAAGAUAUUCCUGUAUCUGGAACAACACUUUUCUUGCAUCUCUUUUACAAGCUAUAACAGCAGCAGCAGCAAUAGCAUAGCAGCGUGGCGUCAUUGACGACGACGAUGACAACAGUAGUACCCUCUCAUUUCCAGUCCCUUGGGCUUCCCAAACAGUUCCCUGUUAGAAGCUACUGCAGUCGUGCUCUUACAUGUCAAAACGCUACAAGGAUUGUUGGGUUCUGCAACACACAACGCAAGCUGUUUACGAGUCCGCAUAAGACGGGUCAUGCUCGUUUAUCCAGGCUGAUAUGUGCAGCUGGUUCAGGUUUAGAGGCAUCUAUUGCAGAUGUAGAAGGCAAUCUCAUAACAUUGAAAUCCGCCAAGAUUGUUGUAGAGUCCCAAGAAGAUAAUAAGAUACAAGUUAGAGUAGACUUGACUGGGGAUGACACAGAAAAAGUUUUUGAUAAGGUUUUGACAAACUUGGCACGCACAGCACCACCAGUUCCCGGAUUUCGCAGACAAAAAGGAGGAAAAACAUCAAAGGUCCCAAAAAGCUUUCUCUUGGAUAUACUUGGUAAGGAGCGUGUCACAAAGUUUGUCAUACAAGAAAUAAUAAGCUCUACCAUGGGUGAUUAUGUAAAGAAGGAAAACUUGAAUGUGAAGGAAAACAAAAUCAACACUACUCAAACAGCAGAAGAACUCAAACUCUUGUUUAAACCAGGAACUGAAUUUGGAUUCAAUGCUAUACUUGAGCUCGAAGAUUCAGAAAUUGAGACACCAAGCUGAAUCUCUCGAAGGAUGGUUAGAGUGUGCUAGAGUUUCAUAAAUAUAUAAAAACAAAACUGAAGUUUUAAGAAGAAUUUUUUUUUCUAUCCUCUAUUAUUUUGAAGUGUUUAAUCAGUAUAUCUUUUCUGGGUACACUA